UGACUUCUGGUUUUUAGGUAAUUUAUGAUGAAGCAACAUUUUGGGUUUUGUGAAGGUGUUCCACCAACAACAGACACCCUGCAGCCCACGGCUUUGGCUCAGGAACAAGUCCAGUGGUUGCUUUACAUUCACUUCCCUCUCAACUUUCCUUCAAUGGAGGGCUAUUUGACUGCGUACGGCAGCACAGUUGAGCCGCAACAGUCCCCGUUGCCUCUGCCUGGCGGGUUCUGUCUCUCCCUGAAUCAGUGAGCAGUGGCUAUGUACAUUAAACCUAGGCUGGGAGCAGAGCCAGCAGAUUUGGGAGGAGCCGGAUUUCUAAUGAAGGUGACCAGUGGGAGCAAAGCAGAUUUAGUGGAUCUCCGCCUUGGAGACCAGAUCACCAGCAUCAAUGGGGCUGAAACCUCUGACAUGCUCAACAUGGAGGCUCAGAACAGGAUCCGAAUGUGUGAAGGGGACCUCAUCCUCAACGUUGAGAGGCCAGAGGCAGGUUCCCCUGGACUCUCUGAUGGAUCUCCCACUGACACCUUCCUUGCGCAGAGAUUCCAGACUGUCCUACAACCGCUCAGGGACGAGAAUAAGAAUCUUGUAGAGAGAGGGUGGAGUGCAGGCUGCAAUCCACGAUCCCCAAACCUUUCGCCUAUGCGAUCCCUCUCUCUUGCACCUGAUGGGAAAUCCGUCUCUCCGAUCACUAACAGGAGGUCUGUAUCCCCAGUUUGGAGCUCGGAAGAGAAGGAGGCAGCAUUUCGGGGAAAUACGGUGCCAAAGGGAUUCCAGGGAGGAAUCAGGGGCCACAAAAGCCUUUCUCCCAUCUCCAGUUCCUGCUCUGUACCCAGGGUGAGCCUGUCCACAGACUCGAGUCCCUCAGAGGUGAGGCAUCAGACUGAAGGAUCACACUCUCCCAGUUCCGCUGCUCUGAGCAAAGGGGUGUCAGACCGUCGUUCCCCAAAUCGAAUCGACAAAGACUCGGAGGUUUACAAGAUGAUCCAGGAGAAUCGAGCUGCGAAGGAACCUCCUCGACAGUCGAACCGUUUCCGUCAGCUUCAAGAGGCGCUAGAUGCAGACCAGGAUGGAGCAGCAGUUCAGUUCCCUGGAAGAUUCUCUCCCUUGGCCCCAAACACACCAGUGCCCAAGUAUCGUAUGUGUGAGAAAUGUGGAUCAAACAUUAUGAUGGAGGCGGUGAAGAUUCGAGAUGGCUGUUACCGGCACCAGCAGUGUUAUGUCUGCACUGACUGCGGUCUCAACCUCGGUAUGAGAGGCCAUUUCUGGUUUCGUGAUCAGAUGUACUGUGAGAAACACGCUCAGAAACGGUUCCAGGAAGCAGAGGGCAGCUCUUGAGCUGAGCUCUGUAACCCACCAGAUGACCACUGCAAAUCCCCUUUUGUUAAAUACCCACUGAUUUAAUAAAAGAAUGAUGGUA